AUGGAACGUCGGCGAGCUCAUCGCGCAUAUGUCAAAUUGCUCAGCCAUAAGAAAGAGGCACGAGAAAGGCGCAAAUACAAGCAGCAAAAUGAAAAUCGACUGCACCACAAAAAUAGUGACGCGGAAGGUGAUGCUGAGGCAUCAACAUCAACAACCAGUAUUGAUUUCGUCAAUGCGUCUGAUUCGUCUGUCAGUGACGGUUUCAACUCGUUGCAUCGUUCACGCUCGAUACGCGCUUCCUUUCGACUGCUCAAAGAUAAAUUGCAUCAGACGCGACAAAAUGCUUUUCAAUCACCAUUCAAAUUACACACCCACUUGACUUUGCGACGCAAGGGUGGAGAUAGUGUCAACACCACCAACAAGACAACGACAGCAGCGCGUCUGGUCGACGAAAUGGAUACAGUUCACGCAUUGAGACGACCCCUGAUGCAAUCGAACAAGCGAGAGGGAAACGCCAUUCAAGCGGUUGGCUGUGAUGGAGCAGAGAAGAGGACUGCGCCUGGUGCAUCGACGCAUUUCUGUAAACAACACGAGUGCACUACUGUGCCGCGACGCUGCAAAGAGUGUAAAACAAGUGAAAUUGAACUCCUCAUGGCGGGGCUUCCGCUAAGCGGGCACGCGGCAGAGCCCAAUUUUGUGUCCGCCAAAUUGCGUGUGCCCCGCAAAGCAUGCAAAUUAUUACAAAUACCAGAGUCAUAUUGUCUGAAGUAUCUGAGUGAGCAGCAGCAGCAGCAGCAAAACGCGCCGAGCAGACCCACUAAAUCCAGUGUAAAAUUGUCAGCGACAGAUGCAUCAGCUCUCAAGUUAACCGCAACUGCAACCGCAACCGCAACCACAACAAUAACAAAUCAAAAAUCGGCACUUUGGGCGAAUAUAGCAGCGUCGGCGACAAUGUCGGUGACCGAUGGGCACGAGCAGAACUUCGAAGAGAAAAGUAUUGCGCUUGCAAGCGUCGUGCGAGUAAAAGAUACGACUGCACUACAGAUUAGUAGCAACGGCAUUUAUGGGACAACGCGCAUGCGCACUGCGACGAUAAGGAAACCUGUGCCGUAUCUGAAUAGUCACAACAUUUUGCCGCAUAGCUUAACACUCGAUCGUGCCAGUUGGCGCAAGGUGCGUGCCGAUAAGCGCCACGAAGCAGAAGCAGCAGAAGACGGUAGUGGUGGUGUAGGCAGUAACUAUUAUUUCGUUGAUAACACAGCUGGUGCUGGUGCUGAUGCUGAUGCUGAUGCUGAUAACGACAGCGAUAACGACGAUGGGGGAUUUGUAGUGGCCGAUACCGAUGACGAGGGCGUUGUAGUGUUGAGACGCGCAUUAUCUGUGCCCGAUAAAAACAGUAGCUGUAACAGAAGCAACAAUAACAAUAAAUAUAACAAUAACAGUAAUAGUAAUAAUAACAACAAUAACUAUAUAAUCGAUAACCCUAAAGACCGCUGUUACACCUUGGUACGUGCCCAGACAGCGGGUUCACUACAACAACAGCAACAAGAGCAAACACAUAGCAACGCAAUACAGCUGCCUGCGGCGGUUGGUGGCGAUAGUGGUGAAUGCGGCUUGGAUUCCGCAAAUACUUUCCGUUGGUCUGAGCAGUGGAUACCUAAUGUCGCCGUAGCUAAGAUACGCACCGCUAUCUCUUGUACGUCCAAUGAUUUGCGGGAGCUGGAAUUUCUAUUGCCGCAAAUCGGAAUCACAACAACAACCACUACUACAACAACAGAAAGUGUGCACCAAAGCAACACAGCAAAAAUGGCCACAACAAUGCCAUUAUGUGCCUCCAACAACAACAACAACAACAAUAAUAACGGUAAUAGUAAUAACAAAAUACUGAAGAUGACCGCGGAUAAGCAGCGAAACAAUGUCAGCGGUGGAGGUAGCGGUAAUUUGAGUGUGACACGGCAGGCGCGUAACGGCAUAGCCAUACACAAGCAAAUGCCAUCCACACAAGCGCAGACACAGACACAGCCAUCCAAGCAGCCGAAAAUUAAUGUCAACGAAUCAAUGGAAUUAGCGGUGAAACCAUCAAAUUUGGCCAUUUAUCGCCACUCGGCGCAUGUGCGCACUAAAAUAAAUGGCAGCAGCGGUGUUAUUGUCGCUGCCACUGCCACUGCUUAUAAUGGUUCCGGUAGCAACAAUGGCAAUGACCAUGUCGGUGCCGCCAAUUGUGGCAACACACCGUAUCGCAGUAAAAUGUCUAAGAAACAAUUGAAGUUGGCGCAAGCUCAGCUGGACAAAUUGAAUCAGAUUAAUUUGCAUCAACAUGCUCUGUUUUCAGCGGUCGAGCAUGGGCAUCUGGACAAAGCGCGCACGAUUCUCGAAUCAACCGAUGUGGAUGUCAAUAGCAUAAAUACAGAUGGACUGUCGGCUUUGGACGUUGCUGUUCUUAGCAAUAAUCGUUCGAUGACGAAAAUGCUCCUGCAGCAUGGCGCUAUUGAGGGCACACCAUUUUCCACAGAUACAAUCGGUAACAAACUGAAUGGUUUACUUAAGGAUGCUGAGUCUCGAAUACAGGAUUUAAGCGGCACAUCGGAUGGCGGCCUCUGUCAACCCACAUUCUCAACGCGACCGUCCAUAUCAAGUAUUAUUAUUGGCAACACAGGCUCCUCCGUGACUGGCUGCACUGGCAACGAAAUCGAAAAGCAAAUAGGCAUAUGGGAGCGACGUGUGAAGGGGUUACGUCGCCUAUUGCUCGGUUGGGAUCAGACGCGUCCACCGGAUGCACCUGCUUCGGUGACCGUGGAUGUGACGGGGGAAAACUCAAUUGCACUGCAGAUACUCGAACCGUUCGAAGGUGCAAUUGGCACCAAAUUCAAAGUACAAUGGUCAACGCGUACCGACUUCAGCAACAUUGUGGGCGAACGCGAAUUGGUGGAUUGGACGAGUUUUCACGGCAAUAUGGGCGCACAGUGUCAGAUUAAUGGAUUGACGCAAGGACGUCGCUAUUUUAUACGCGCUGCCUGUGGCAAUGUCAAAGGCUGGGGUCCAUAUAAGACGUCAGUGCCGGCCAGCGUCGUGCCAUCGAGUUGGCGCGAUUCCAAUAAUCGCGAAGAUCGUUAUAUUGGCCGACAGCGUGUCUUGGAUAAUCUGUUUACGGCGGUGCGCCUAGCACGACCGGCGGAUGUAUCGGAAUUGACAUUGGAUGUAGGUGCAGCACAGCGACGCAACCCGAAAAAGAAGACUACCAUAAAGCAAUUGUUUUCGGUGGCAUCGAAAUUCCAAAAGCACCUAAGACGUGGCAUCUACUUGGCGAGCAUAGUUUAUUGUGACGACAAGGUGCUGGUCAGUAGCGAGGACUUCUUGCCCGUCAUAGAGAUCGAUGAGACCUAUCCCAGCAGUUUGCACAGUGAUUAUCACUGGCUCAUGAAGGUGGCCUGCACUUGGGAUGAUGUAAAGUCUCUGCGCACGGACAUGGAGCGAAAUUUAACGUCUGCCGUUCAUUUUCGUACCAAACUCCUAUCGGCCGUGUGUCAAAUGCAAUCAACGCUAGGUCUCAAUGACUUGGGUCAGCUAUUCUACAAACCACUACGCGAUUCACAUGGAACUGUUGUGCUCACCUGCAUACAGGCUGUGAAAAGCCAGAAAACCGUCUCCAUACUCAACUCCCGUUGGUUACCAUUAAAUAAGUUGCAAAAGAAGAUUGUCGCGUUGCUGGAGGACUACAACAUCAAUGAAAUGCUUAUUUCCUCCAUUAGUGAACAGAUACACUACCAUCAAGCGUCAACGCAACGCUUGAGUCCAGGUUUAUAUUUGGGUUACCUGAAGAUGCAAUGUUCCAUGGAUCAGAUACAGGUUGUUGUCCCUGUGAAGACACCGAAUGUGCUGCCGCAUUGCAAAGUGCGCGACAACAGCCACAUCACUGCCGAUGAGUGGCAGAUCCUGAAACGUAAUAACGCCCCAAAUGGCGGCAGCCGCAGCAAUAGUCCACUAAAUAUGGCUCUCGAAUUCAACACAAACCCAGAAGAGGCCACCGAAGGUCAACGACUGUUUCUCUAUGACCUUACAAACGCAGCGCAAAAGCUAUUCACAUACAUGAACAUCAAGCCUGAGGAUGCUAAAACGCAUCGACUCUACGACAUCGAAGUUAUUGAGCAUAGCAAAGAUAUAAGCUUUCUUAUUAUAUGUCCAGCGGUCGAGCUGACCUGUGCUGUGCCCGGCCAGUCAGAGCUGCUUCUGCAACGCGAUGAUCUCGCCAGCCUCAGUAUACAGGCGUUCGAAAUGAUUCAUCUGCGCACCUACCAGCCUGGCAUCAUACAAAAGUACGCACGUCUCUCCUGCAUAUUGGAAUUAGAUACCGCAUUGGCCACGCACUCGCAACGCGAGGCAUUUUCCACAAGUGAGCUGCAAACAGCCAAGGAACGCUUGGCCAAACUGCAUGAACUAUCAGCCAACUUGAACUCAGUGUGGAAGAGCGUACGCUGGCUAAUGGAUGUGAUUGCGUUUGCGCGCGACAAAAACACACAGUCAUCGGAAAUCAUGAAAGAAAUUCUCACCUAUGGCAACAGUAAUGCGAACGACAACGAGAAACGUAUUGUGGAUAAACAAUUGCUGCAAUUACCAGCUCGUGAUGCCAAAUAUACAAAGAGCUCAGGACGCGGUAGCUGGCCGGGGCCUGGCGCUAAUUCCCAAGGUGCCAGCAAUAACUGCUUGGCAGCUGAGCAUUCAAAGUCCGAACAAAAUCUGGGACGAAAUGCAGUCACGCCUACCUCGAACGCAAGAACCAUGUCACCCCAACAGUCCAGCACCAAGUCACACAGCAGCAGCGACUCGCGUCAAAUGGGCAGUUCCACUGGCGCACAGCAGCUACUACAAGUCGGCAUAGGCGGCUACACCAGCUCGGACAUUUCUCUGCGCAAAAAUAGCGGUGACUCAAUGGCAUCCUCGCAGUAUACAACGCGCAGUUACUAUUCUGGCGCUGGAUCAGUACUCGGUAGUAGCAACGAACUGGGACAAAUAUUUGCCAUACCACCUUCGCGCUCCGACGAUAUGUUAACACUUGGUAGCCUAGAUGGGGGAAAGCACACACAAUCCACGGCUACACAUCGCAAACGCACCAGUUCCAACAUAGCGCAACAUGUAACAACACCAACGUCGUUAACCACCACUACGCACUCGUCCAGUUCAGCACCAUACUUGCCCACCGGCUCCAAUCUAUCAUUGAAGAAUUCCUCCAGCUCUGACUACGACAUCAGAGCGUCCAAGAUCAGCAGUAAAGCGGUAGCCGAACAAUGUAUAGGCAAUAAAGUGAAGGCAGCCUCCAGCGCAAAUCUACGUGAUGGCGGUCUUUACUUGAAGUCAAAAGUUGUAGCGCUGCCAAGCGACACCAAGUCCAUUAGCAGCGAAGAGGCCGCCACUAGCGCGACAUCAGCAACAACAGCAAAAACUGCUUCGAUAAAAAGUCUCUCGCGCCAGAGUAGCGAAGAGGACACGGCAAGCGGUUCCAGUCAUACCUCCGAACAGGCAACCAGUGUCGCCGCUCCCGCGCCCAGCUCGGGUAUCAUACAAGUUUACACCGCAUAUAAUACUGGGCUAGCAAGCGGCACCAGCCUCAAGUUGCACGUAACGCCAAAAACAACAGCGCGCGAAGUUAUCAAUUUGGUGGUGAAGCAGCUGAAUAUGGCUGCAGUGUUAAAAGGCAGCAACGGACCCAUCUACACAGCAGACAUGCUGGAUAACUUCUGCUUAGUAGCAGUGAUCGGCGCGCGAGAACGCUGCUUACGUGACGAUUUCAAACCACUACAGCUGCAGAACCCCUGGCGCAAGGGCCGACUCUAUGUGCGACAGAAACACGAGCUAUUGGCGGCUAUCGAGCAUGCGAAUCGGAAAUCGCAUCUGAUAUGAGCGGCACGACAGCAAUUGUGAAAAUUAUGGUGGGAUAAGUAGGAUAUGGGAAAUACUGUCCGCAUACUGGUUGGUGGCAGUUAUUGUAAAGCGUCAUUGAGUAGAGUCCGCAAUGAGAAUUCAAAAAGGACGUAUUGACGGAGUGUUCAGAAUUAAUAGAAGUUCCUUUUAUUGGUUUUCGCGCAUCAAAUGAGCAAAUUUUAGAAUAUGUAAAUGAGUACCAUUAGCUUUGAAAGCGGCUGGCUAAAAGCUAGUCAUAAGUUUACCAUACCAGGUAUAGUUAUGUAAUAUUCUUCUUCUGCUUCUUGGUCGGCGUAUCCAUGCGGGAUGUUCGCGAUUGCAUAAAAAUAUUAUUUUGAUCUUAGCCACAAUUUUUUCCACAACUCAUUGGGUCAUAUCGCGCUGUGAUUGUUGAUGCUGUUAAGUAUUUUUUUGAUACUCCCCGAGCUCCUUCAUUUCAUAGACACGAUAAACCUGACUCACAGUUCCUUCUUUUUAAGAGAUUGGAAAAAUAUGAAAAAAGUCUGAGUGUUAGCAUUGGUUUUUUUCCAAACGUUUAUAUGAGUUGCGGUAAAAAGCCUUUCGAACUUUGCAUUUCCUAUCGAUUUUAUUGUGUUUCUAAUCAAGCAUGUCACUGUGAACUUAAACCAAAUUUGGAGGUGUGGUAUAAUCUUCUCAUUUCUUGCAUUAUAUUGGCUAGCUUUCCAGCUUCAUAUAAACUUCUUACAUUCCAGGUCCCGAUAUUUAAUUUUUUGCUUGUUUUACCUCCGGGGACUCUUAGCACCCUCUUAAUCCCGGAUACUGAAGGCCGUGUAUCAUUGUUAUUAUCUGUCAUACUUUUUGUGAUUCUGCUAUGGAGUUGGUUAAGUAAAGGGUUUUUCAAUAAGGGCGGGUAGAUGUUGAAAUGGAAUAAAAUGGCGUUUGCUGUGUGGCACGUAGCGCCGUCCUGCAGGAACCACAUGUCGUCUAGGUCCAUAUGGUUAAUAUGGGCCAUAAGAAAUUGGAAGGGCCACCACGUCUACCGAAAAAUGGGUGCAAUGCGCGCCACGUUUGCGUUAAUGAACACUCAUUUUGAUAAUAAAGUUGUAUCAUUUGAACGUGCUGUUCAAUCGUGAUGAUUUGGCAUAAACAACUGAAUUUUUUUUUUUUUUUUUUUAUUUCUUCCAUAAAAUAUUACACCUGUCGUUAGACAAUAAGUAAUUUGAUUUACAAAAAGAUGGAAUGAGAGUGAUAUUGAAGGGCCAAUGCCCCCAAGCUCAUUUAGAAGAAAUAUAUACAUAUUAUUUAAAAACAACUGAAUAAUAAACAAAAGAUUUGACAGAUGUCACCAAAACAAAAUGGCUGCCACAGGGCGCCAAAAUCGACCCGCGCCAAUUGAAAUCCUUUAGUAGUUUGCCCUCUUGCCUUCUACCUCGCUGUCAAGUGCCGUUCCAUGAGAUACCCAAGCGCCACUCAGUUCUUUGAUGCCGCCACUUAUCAUGCAUAUCUGCAUUCAUACCUGCACCACUAUUGAUGCAACCAGCUGCCGUUGCACAUUCCUAGGUUUAUAGUCCUUGGGCAGACUCUCCAAUUUAAAGUCCUGAAAAACGAAAAGUUUGAACAAGAUGCUUAUUUAAAGGCGGCAUCAACUCGCCUUGCCAGCGCCAGUUACGGUUCAUGUGAGUGUUUGUGCUCAAGCCGUGCUAAUGUCCAUCACUGCGGCCUUCCACACCCUAGCUGGUCACACGCUACUUGUCCGGGAGUGCUUAUUUGCGUAACUUAGGGGUUAGGGGUAGUCAGGCGCCCGAAAAAAUUAUAAUUUUCAAUCAUUUCUUUUUGCUAGUCAAUUACUUUAUUUUACUAAAAUAAAAACGUAAUAUUAAUACAUUAUGUUUCGACUUGACUUUCGAAAAUUAAAAAAAAAAAUCUAUAAUUGUUUCUCGUUUCUCCAGAAAUCUCUUGCGAUGAUCAUCACAAGUCCUUGGAGAUUCAUCUAAAAUCAAUCGGACAAGAGAAAUUUGUUUUAUUAAUAGAUAAUCUUGUGCCUGAUCAAAGCUUUUUUUCAAAAUUAUCAAUAUGGCGGCAUCAGUAAAUAUUUUUCAGAUUUUCGAGAAAAAAAACCGACAAUUAAUUGUUAAAAAAAAAAUCGAAAUUUUUGAAAAAGCAAAUCCUGCGAUCAAGCAUAGUUUUUUAUGGUUUUGAAAAGCAGUAUAAAUUGUAUUGAAAUCUACCAAGCGGUUUUUAAGUUACAGUGAUCACCAGUUCAAAAAACAUAGUUUUGAGAAAAACGCAUUUAAAGUUUUGCUAUCGAUUUAUGUAUGUAGAGUUAUACGAAUUUUUUAAUUACUUACACUGUGUCAUCUAUUCCUGGGCCAUAUAAUAGUUCCUCAGCCGUCAUAUCAGCUUCAAAAAUAUCGAUUUGCUGUUGCCUAGAUAGCAUUCUACCUUCUCGAGUGUUAUCGUUAGCGCGCUUAUCUGCCACUUUCAUACGUGCAGCAUCCGGCUACUUGCUCUCGAACGCUCCGGAGCACCCGAGCACCCUUUGUUAAUUCGAAAUAACUCGAAAAGUAUUUGUCGGAUUCACUUUUAUACUUUAAGAAAAUGCAAAAAAAACAAUCGAAUUUUUUGAAAAUUCUGACUACCCCUAACUACUUAUUCACAACUAACCUCUCCUUGUACAUCUAAAGGCCGUUCACUAUCCGCAACCUGUGACCCGUCCGGUGGCUUGUAGCUGGCCCUCACAGCACUCCAUUUAUUUCCGCGAACCUGCUUAGAUUAUAAAAAAUAUAAAAACUGCAUACUAUAUUCUACAACAUUCUUUACAUAUAUACAUUGCAACUAAGUAUUUGUAUAAGUAAAUGUAUGUACUUAUGUACAAUCUAAUACAUACGUACAUACAUAUGUAUGUCUGCUUAUCCAGAGUUAUGACUUAUAAGCAAAGUGAGGAGUAUGAGCCAAUACGUAUUAGCAGUUAAAUGUAUUUAGUAUAUAAAUUGACGACUCUAGGAAUGCAGGUGUAUGUGUGUAAAAAUACUUCUAAGUGAAAUGUAAUAUUUAUUAUAUUUAAAAAUUAAGCAAGCUCUGGUAAUUCAGAACCGUAACGAAGCACACCAAUAUCACAAAUCUUAGUUUUAAGAUAUACAUACAUACAUAAAUAUAUACAUACUAACAUAUACAACUGAUUUUUAGGCUAGCGUAACUGUAUUGUAUUUUUAGUGUAGGCUUAAAAAGGAAAAUACGAGCAAAGAUGCAAUUUACUAUGUGUGUGUAUUGAUAUAUUUGUGUAUUUGUUGUUUUUAUGUACAAAAAAAAAUAUUGUCAUAUUGCAAUGUAGUCCAUAUAUUCGUGUGCAUUUUUGGUGUAUUUAUUUUGGCACAAACAAAAAUUAAAAUUUACACCUAUAUAUGUGUAUGUGUAUGUAUAUGCAUACAUAUUUAUUGCAAUGUAAAAGUGCAAAUGCUUUAAUUACAAGUACAUAGACGUCUAUGUAUCUAAAUAUCAUUUACUAUUAUAAUUCAUAUGUACAUAUUUUUUUGUAAAACAAGAUAUUUAAAAAUCGAUGUACGAUAUUUGUUGUUUUUGCAAACGAUAUUAAAUGUUGAAUGAAAAGUGCUCAACGUGGUUUAUGUAAAUCAUUCAGCUCAUUUUAGUACCUCUAAGUAUUGUUGAAGAGUGGCAUUCGAAUUUUUCAUACACACCCGUUAAACGUAACUGAAUAUUGCAUAGUUUGUAUAGAAAAUGUUUGCACCAUUUAGUUUUUAUAUUUGUACGUAUUGCAUGUCCCGACUUACAUUGGAAAAACAAAAAUUAUUAUUAGGAAAAAUUAUUAUUAGCGCAUAUUGCAAUUGGAUUUUUUUCCUUGCAGUAUUAAAAACUUUUAAAGAAUUAUUGUUAAUCGCAAA